GCGGGGAACCGAGCAGUUGGGCAGCGCGAGCCGACGCGGGCACUUCGCUCUGUCCGGCCUUUCCUUCAUUAAAAUAUUAUAUCCGUGUAGAAAGAGGAGAGAGCCGCAGAGCCCCGGCAGUUAUCGCGCCACGUACAACGCACUUUCGCCACCCCCUCGUCAAGGACUUUCGCACGCUCGUUCGCCGAGGGGCUGCUUUUUCGUGCGGACGCAACGCGUUGUUUUUUUUUCGUUCGUUCGUUCGUUCGUUCGUACCACUGUGACGGAAGAAGAAAGCAGGAAAGGGCUGGUAACACUGUAUCUCGGAAAGGACGGAAAUCCAUUAAGAAGAACAAAAGGACGAGGAAGACAAAGGAAGUUCGCGUUACCACUGGAAAGAAAAAAAGAGAUAAAGGUUUCGUGCUUCAGUUCCAAUCCAAAAAAAACAUCCGUUAAAUUAGGAAAGAAGAAAUACGAAAAGAGAGAUAUUGGUUCUUUGACAAUUACCGAGCUAUAUUGAGACAUUGGAUAAGGGUGACAAGGGACUUAUAAAAAAUGUAGACUUCUCAAGAAAUUUCUCAGAUGUAAAUAGAAAUGCAGUGGCUCAGUGCAUGAAGGACAUACACUCGUUCGAUGUAAGUGAGCGAGUUGAUGGGUCGAGUUCUGGAAUCAAGGAAGGUCUGAGUAAAUCAUCACAAAACGGCGAAUCGCCGGGUAGGUCUUAGAGAUGGGCGAAAGAUUAUUAGAGGCCUAAACGUAACACUGAAGUGAACCUCUUCUUUAUGGAGAGACGAGGCACCUUGCGCGAAGGAUGACACGCGAUCGACCGCCCGGUGUUUAUUCGUCCGAAUAUAUGUCCUAUCCAGUGUCAAAGGGUCAAUGUAAGGCGUUAUUUCGUGUGAACACAUCAGUUAGUACCACGGCGUGCAACGGAGAUCCAAGACUGCUCGGAUGGUGAACUCGCCCAUCAACUCGCGAACGGCUCCGAAGAUUGUGUGUUGUGCUCCAAAAUCGUUCCUCUCUACGUUCCUAUCGCGCUUCCUCCGUCCGUGGUCUCUCGACCCGCGCAGGAUAUCUAGUGGAAACUUGAUUAAAAGUGGAAAGUGCUGGACACUAUCAACGAGUUGCGAGAAGAGUCGGAGAAAAAGAUCGCUUUGUGCUUCGAGAGAGUACAGUGAGAGUCCAAGGGUGCGAGUGCUACUGCCGGCUUAAAGGAAAACCGAGAGCCCGCAGGAUAUGAACCCAGAUCAGCAUCCAGCGUGUGUUUUUUGGAUCAAGAGAUCCCUCGAGAUUGAAGUGAUAUGCGAGCCCCUUUGUGUCACGAAUUGUUUCCUCAAGGCGAUUGUAUGAAACAGCGUCGUUGACCGAAUCUACUACACGUAAAAUACAUUUUGUAUUUAUGGGUACGACCUGGGCUUGCGUCGGGGUAGCUAGUGAACCGUCCCUUCGUGGCGAAGAAGAUAAGACGGGGAGGCAGUCGGCGAGGAAGCGGGCGAAUCCGCACGGAAAAAGAGUCCGUGGAGGAAGUCCGGAGAACGCAGGCGCAGACGCCGUAGGUGAUGUGAGGCUGGCGCCCGCCUCACGUCUGGGGUGAUGCCCUCCAGUGAGCCUCAUCCCCCGUACCACCUUCAGCACCGCAACAUUCCUCCCUCGCAUCUACAACAGCAUACGCCGAGCGCGAGCUCUUACGACCAGUUCUUUCAGCUGGUGGCGGCCCAUCAUCAGCAACAGCAACAGCGACAGCAGCAACACGGCGGACCCUUCCAAAAUUCCACGUACACGCAACAGAAGCAGGAGAUGAGCCCGGAGGAGGAGGGGGGCCGAGUGGGUGGGUCCCCCCCUGCGGCCGGGGCUGCACUUCAUCAGCCCCAUCACCCGCGCACGGCUAGUCCACCUUCGGGCACAGAACCCUGCACCCGCGAUGCGAUACCAACACCCACACCUAUCGCUGACACUACCACCACCACCACCACCACGACUAUGACGAUGCAGUCGCAAAGUCAGCAGCAACAGCAACAACAAGGUCCUAGCCCGAGCCCGAGCCCGACGGGCGGUGACGUGGAGAAAUUCGAUGGUAAAAUCGUCUACAAUCCGGACGGGUCGGCCUACAUCAUCGAAGGCGAGAGCGAACUCAGCGAGGACGACUCUCUGCCCGACGGCUGUAUUGUAGAUGGGCGCGGUGUAUCGGUUCCUCACUCCUUAGUUUUCCCACAAAUCGCGAGUGCGUAUUACGUAUCACGGUUAUACGCGCAUCAGGCCUACCAGCAGCAGCAGCAACAGCAACAACAGCGCUCGGCGACCCAACAGCAGAAUCCCGAUCUUCCCGUGAUGCACAGUUAUCGGGUGAUCAGUUACAGGAGCGCAGAGGGUAGUAAACAACCUCCUCCAGCGCCCACAGUACCACCGCCGCCUGCCGCGUCGGUACCUGUCAAACCUAUCCUAAUGUGUUUCAUAUGCAAGCUCAGUUUUGGCUACGCGAAAAGUUUCGUCGCGCACGCCCAGGGCGAGCACCAGCUUACUCUAAUGGAAGACGAACGACAAGUACUCUCUCACUCGACGGCGUCGGCCAUUAUACAAGCCGUGGGUAGAGGAAAGCAGCCGCUCGUAAGUUUCCUAGAACCUGUCACGAGUUCGACCUGCGGCCAAACGUCGCCCGCGCAAAUACAAGCUCAACAACAACAGCAACGUAGCGAGUCUAACGAACACGAGACAACGCCGACCACGACAAGUACACCGGCGAGCACGCCUGGCGUACCUAGCAGUCCCCAGCAGCAGCAGCAGCAACAGCAGCAGCAGCAAUCGCAACAGACGCAACAGCAGCAACGACCCUCGCCGAACACUCCUACCACGCCCACGUCACAUUCGAAUCAUCCUCUUACGUACAAUCAUCAACAGCAGCAGCACCCGUGGACCGGCGCGCAAGUAAGCGCCGCGUCUUGGGCCAAGGCUCCUGAUGCCAUGCAUUACAGUUCACCACCGCCGCCAACUUCGUCCACCAAAGGAUCUCCGUCUUCGUACACCCUCACUCAAGUCCCACCAAACUUUCUGACCGGCACCACGAUAGGUGUCUGUCCGGAACAUAUGCAAGGUAGGCCAAGUGGGGUGGAAUGUUCCAAGUGCGAACACAUAUUGACGAGUAGUCGACUCGCUGUUCCUGGCGGACCGCUCGCUGGAAUACACAGUCGAAAUUCAUGCAAAACCCUAAAAUGUCCCAAGUGCAACUGGCACUACAAGUACCAAGAGACUCUCGAGAUACACAUGAAGGAAAAACAUCCAGAGAGUGAGACGUCUUGUUUUUAUUGCAAUGCAGGUCAACCUCAUCCUAGGUUAGCACGUGGCGAAACCUAUACCUGUGGCUACAAGCCAUACAGGUGUGAAGUGUGCAAUUAUUCCACCACGACGAAAGGCAAUCUCAGCAUACAUAUGCAGAGUGACAAGCAUCUGAAUAACAUGCAAGAACUGCAGCAGGGAGGCGGGGGUGGCACCAGUACUAGCAAUCCCUCCUCGUCUCAGGACGCGCCAAUGCCGACGCGGAGUCCCCACCAUCAGCAGAAUCAUAGUCCACACCGGGCCGCCCAGGGUGGCAAUCAGAGCAAACCGAAGCUCUCGUUUCGCUGUGACAUAUGCAAUUACGAAACAAACGUCGCGCGCAAUCUGAGGAUACACAUGACGAGUGAAAAGCACACGCACAACUCGAUGGUGCUGCACCAAAAUAUCAAGCACAUGCAAACAUUGUCCGCGUUGUCCCAUCAACAGGCGCAACACCAUCAUCAGCAACAACAGCAACAACAACUCGAGCAUUUGCUCCACUUAGGUGGCUUGGACAAACCGCAACCCACGGAAGCGGCGUUGGCCGACUUAGCUUACAAUCAAGCGGUCAUCAUGACAAUGAUGACCGGCGGUCAAAUGCCGCAGUUUCCGCCAGAACUCAUAGGCUCCAUAGCGAGCGCGGCUGCCAUAAGUAAUCUUGGUGGUGACGUUGGACUUUCACCGGACAGCAUGGAGCCACCACCAGAACCCGCGGAUCAAGAUCCUAACCAUCUGUAUCAGUGCUGCAUCUGCAACAAUUUCACGACGGACUCACUCGAGGCUCUGAGUCACCAUCUAAACAUCGACAGAACGAGAAAUCGCGAGGGCGAUAUACUCAUAGUGGUGAACGCAAACUUUGUCUGCCAACUCUGUUCCUAUAAAACCAAUCUAAAGGCAAAUUUCCAGUUACACUGCAAGACUGACAAACAUCUGCAACGGCUGCAGCACAUGAACCAUGUGAAAGAAGGUGGUCCGCGUAACGAAUGGAAACUCAAGUACUUGGCGUCGCCCACGAGUGCCGCGCAAUUGCGCUGCCACGCGUGUGAUUACUACACCAAUAGUGCUCAUAAACUGGCCCUACACGCAGCCUUGCCGAGGCACGAAGCUGCGUCUCUCCUGCUCCGUCAUUUGCUCGAAGCGAGUAGUAACAUCCAAACUCCCGGAAAAUUGUAUCACUGCGUGAUAUGCGGGUUUAGUGCCCGGCAUCGAUUGCCACUUCUGCAACAUGUGAGAUCUCUACGACACCUUCACAUGGAACAGUUACAUCACAUUCACAGAAGAAGCACUCUCGCGGGGAACGAAUCUCCGCACGCGGAUAUCAGCGUCAUCUUUCAGGUGACGAGCGAUCCCGAUGUGCCGCCCACGCAACAGCCCAGCCCGACCACACCAACAACACCAAAUGCUACGAGUACCAACAAUGAACGACGAGAGGAAGGUAGCGAUUGCGGUAGUGAAGUGAAACAAGAACCGGACAAUGAUCCAGAACCGGAAGCCGAGCCUGAGAAUGACCAAGAAGAAAUCACGUGCCUGUACUGUACGUAUCAGCCGACGUCGCGGGAAGAAUUACGACAGCAUUUACAAGUGGCUCAUGUUCAAGAUUCGGAGGAGAAAACUGAAACUGUAAAGGAAGAACCGACGACGGAAUUGUUAUGCCCGUUGUGCCAAGAUAGUUUCAAGGAACGUCCCGCCCUGGAGAAGCACGUGAUGCAAAUUCACUCCGUUAAUACUGACGGUCUGCAAAGGCUACUACUAUUAGUGGAUCAAAGUCAUUGGUUAAACAACAAUCGAAAUACCUCGACGCCAGCUGUUACGACCGUAACGACUCCGACGUCGCCCACGACUACGACGAAAACCCAUCAAGAAGAAGAGAUGAGCGAACGAAGUGGCAAUGACGAAAUUGAAGAGAUAGCUAGGUGUAACGUGUGCGGUCGUGUUUGGCGUUCUAUCGAAGAACUUCAGCAACAUCAUCGGGAAGCUCAUCCGGCCACCACUCCUACCUUGGCGGUAAGCGAGAAACACGUUUACAAGUAUCGAUGCGUACAGUGCAGUCUAGCGUUCAAAACAUUGGAGAAACUUCAACAACACUCCCAAUAUCACGCUAUUAGAGAUGCCACUAAAUGCGCCUUGUGCGGACGAUCUUUUCGUUCAGUCCAAGCGCUUCAGAGACACUUGGAAUCUGCUCACGAUCUCCACGAGGAUGAACUAGCUCAGUAUAAGCAAAGCUUGAUCCACGCGCAUCCUCUUCUUCAGGCGCUCACAGAAGAAACGUUAAAGAGACAAGCCGGCCUGGCAAGCGAGCUGCAUAUGGAAGAUGACGCUGGUAGAGGUGACGAGGAGGAAAGUGACGCCAGUGAUUCUUCUCCGUUGCAGAAAGAACAACGACUACUGGAGGAUUAUCUAAAUAGUCAAACGAUCGCUGAAGAUUCCUAUCAAGAUCCAAGUCGAAAAUUCAAGUGUCAUCGAUGUAAAGUAGCAUUCACGCGUCAGAGCUAUCUGACCGGCCACAAUAAGACUUUGUUGCAUCGCAAAGGUGAAAAAAUGUCUUAUCCCAUGGAAAAAUAUUUGGACCCCAACAGGCCGUAUAAAUGCGACGUUUGUAAAGAGAGCUUUACGCAGAAAAAUAUACUUUUGGUGCAUUACAACAGCGUGAGUCAUUUACACAAAUUGAAGCGUGCGAUGCAGGAGCAAGGUAACAAUAAUACGUUAAUUUCGGUAGUACCUCCAGCUAGCCCAACUGAAUCGCCCGACUCCCAGCAAGAUCAAGACAAGAAACCGUACAAGUGCAACAUCUGUAAGGUCGCUUAUACUCAGGGCAGCACGUUAGACAUCCACAUGAGGAGUGUUCUUCAUCAAACGCGUGCCAGUAAACUGCAGGAUCUUGCCGCCAGCGGCCAAUUAGAUCUCGCUCGACCAUUGAUCGAGCAACCACCGCCGAGCCCGAGUAGUCCGCCCGUCAAUCCGAAUACAAGUAAUACAGCAGGGAUGCUCUCCUGUUCGCGUUGCAAUACUCUAUUCGUCAAUCAAGAUCAGCUCGCAGCGCAUCAACAAUUAUGCAAUAUUUUGAACAAUCCGGCAUUGGCAUUAUUUCAACAAUUUGCUGUGUCGCAACAACUAGCUUCGUCUGGCCAGGCUAAGUCGCCACCUCCCACGUCUACAACACCAGGGCCGCAACACAUGCAAUCAACUACGCAGCAUUCGCAGACUACGCAGGAUAUUCUCUCCCAGCCACGACAUAAAACCUCACAGAUGUACAAGCAUCUGUUGGAGAGUUUCGGUUUCGAUCUCGUUAUGCAGUUCAAUGAGAAUCACCAAAGACGACAGCGCAAAGAGGAGGAAGCGGCCGCCGCUCUUCAAGCGCAGCAAGAGCAACAGAAACAAGAACAACAGAAACAAGCUCUCGCUGCUCAAGCUUUGCAGGAAAAAGAGGAAGAAGCCGAAGAAGCCCAUAUCGAUGACGAUGUGAUACCAGAACUUACGCGCAGCACUUGUCAGCACUGCAACAAGGAAUUCAGCAGUGUUUGGGUGUUGAAGGCUCAUUGCGAGGAAGUCCAUCGCGAUCUCGUACCGCGUGAAUUUCUCGAAAAGUAUGCGCAGCAGUUCAAGUGUGAGUACGAAAAGAAAAGUGUUGUGGUGACCGUUGCGACGUCCUCGUCAACCACCACGGCGCCGAGAAGCUCCACGCCCGCCACUGCACAACCUCAAGAUCUCAGUUCCGACAAAGAAACACGCGAAAAGGAGAAAGAAGAGAGCGCUGAGAGUAAAGAACGUGUAAGCCGAACACCGGAAGCUACAUCUACUACUCCAGCGACUACUCCGGCGUUGAGCAAUACGCCGGUUUCAAGCACAGAUUCCACGACGCCAACUACGCUACCUACUAAUCCACAGCAUCAUGCUUCGCAACAGUCGCAACAACAACAACAGCAGCAGCAGCAAUUACAGCAGCAGCAGCAACAACAACAGCAGCAGCAGCAGCAACAACAGCAUACUCAACUUGCAUUUGCACAACAGAUGACCGAAAUGCAAGCUGCUUUAAAUGCUGCAAUGGCUGCGUCGCAACUGCAGCAACAGCUACAACAAUAUCCAGGAUUGAUGAUGGGAAUGAUGGGAUUACCGUUGGGAUUAAAUGUACCCGCUUUAGCCGCUAUGAAUUUGCAACCACCCCUAGUGCCAAUGAUGCUACCACCACCACCGUAUGAUGGUGCCGCUACUGCAUAUCCAUCAAUUAAUCAAGCCGAUCUUCUUGCUAAGCAACAUCUUGCUCUUCAACAGCAGCAAGCAGCAGCAGCAGCGGCGAAUGCAGCCGCAUCGCAGAAACGAGCGCGUACGCGUAUCACUGAUGAUCAACUAAAAAUACUACGGGCACACUUCGAUAUUAAUAAUUCUCCUGGUGAAGAGCAAAUACUAGAAAUGGCCGCUCAGAGUGGCCUGCCACCUAAAGUUAUAAAACAUUGGUUCCGAAACACGUUAUUUAAAGAGCGGCAACGUAACAAAGACAGUCCUUAUAAUUUCAAUAAUCCGCCAAGUACCACUUUAAAUCUCGAAGAGUACGAAAAAACCGGUGAGGCAAAGGUAACCCCGUUAAAUUCAAGCGUGUCCGGUAGCAGUUCCUCUGACGAUAAAAGUCCAAAUAAGCAAGCCACGCCUCCGCCGUCUAUGCAAAACAGCAGCACAUCUCAAUCUACCGAAAUUAAGCAGGAAGCAAUCGAACAGUCGCAGUGCCAACAGCAGCAGCAAGUGACGCAACAUCAAGAGGAGCAGCAGCAUCACUCGCCCGGCAGUUCGGGUGGACAACAAUCGCGACCGCAUUCACCUGCGCUUAGUAUGAGUUCUGUAUUCUCGGCCAUCCAUCACGACAUUUCUUCCCAUGCUCCGUCGACCACGAACGCCCCGAGCACUCCGAUGUUACCACCGAAAUUGGCCUCUCAGAACUUUGCCAAUCCCAGCCCGGGAUCUGGUGGCGUAGUGACGAGUGCGAUCGCCGCAAUGGCGCUCACACCGCAAAGAUCUCUGAGCCCGGGUCGCGGACCAACUGAUUAUUUUGGUGGCAACAGUAACGGCAGCAACACCUCCGGUGGCAGUUCCGGCAAGCGCGCCAAUCGCACUAGAUUCACCGAUUACCAGAUAAAAGUCCUUCAAGAAUUUUUCGAGAACAACGCGUAUCCAAAGGACGAUGAUUUAGAAUAUCUCAGCAAACUCCUUGGUUUGAGUCCGCGUGUGAUCGUAGUGUGGUUUCAGAAUGCUAGACAGAAAGCACGCAAAGUCUACGAAAAUCAACCCGCCGCCGAGCCUGUGACGACCGGCGGACGCGAGAACGACGACGGAUCCGGUAGAUUUCAAAGAACGCCAGGCUUGAAUUACCAGUGCAAAAAGUGCCUGCUAGUAUUUCAGAGAUAUUACGAGCUUAUACGCCAUCAGAAGACCCACUGUUUCAAAGAGGAAGAUGCCAAAAGGAGUGCGCAAGCGCAGGCUGCAGCGGCUCAGGUCGCCGCGGUUCUGAGUUCUGAAGAUAGCAACAGUAGUUCCACGACGACUACGAAUAACACGGUAACCAACAACCCAUCAACUGCGCCCGCGCUUGCCGAACAGUUGCAGCAGCCAUUGAGUAGCACCACAUCACCUCAUCAACAUCAACAACAAACUCUGUCUCAGACGCACCAGUCGCAACAGUCGCAACAGCAGCAGCAGCAACAGCAGCAGCAGUCGCAAACGGAGUCGAAGGAAGGCAGCUUUCAAUGCGACAAAUGUAACUUGAUGUUCGGUCGAUUCGAACUUUGGCGCGAACAUCAGCUAAUACAUAUCAUGAACCCGACUUUGUUCCCAUCAGCAUACCCACCUGAUUCACCCUUCGGAAUCUUGCAACAGCAAGCGCUUAAUGCUAGCCAAGCCUCUGGAGUUACAACGGAUACCUCGCAUUCGCUCAUCAGUUUGAUGCAGAAAAGAAAGUUUGAGGAUCUUGAGGAGGGAACGGGUAGCGACAACCGUUCAAACUCGGAACACAACGAACAGCCAAAAGACAAGCGUUUACGUACUACAAUACUUCCGGAACAGUUAGACUAUCUUUACCAGAAAUAUCAGAUCGAAUCUAAUCCAUCGAGAAAGAUGUUGGAAACGAUCGCCCGCGAGGUCGGUUUGAAAAAGCGUGUGGUGCAAGUGUGGUUCCAGAAUACGCGCGCCCGUGAACGCAAAGGCCAAUUCCGUGCUCACAGCCAAGUUAUUAAUAAGCGCUGUCCAUUCUGCCCAGCACUAUUCAAAGUUAAAUCUGCUUUAGAAUCUCACCUUAGCAGCAAACACGCCGACCAGGUGGCUCGCGGCGAAGUGAACAUCGACAACAUCCCGGACGAAGAACUUUCGAUGGAAUCCGUUCCUUCUAAUUCUAGCACUCCUCACAUGAUGCCACCGUUGUUUCCGCCUAUCAACAGCGACACGGAGGCAUCUUUGAAACCCAUAACUACUAUGAAAUACUACGAGGAUAUGAAGCGAUACUUCAGCGAGUUACAGGCGUACGCUAGUAAUGGAAAACAAGAGACGGCAAAUCAUCAGGCUGGCGGAAACAGCGGCGAGUCACCGUUGGAUCUGAGCAAACCAGUCGAUCUCAGCCGGCCAGUGAAAUUGUGUUUGAGCAACUUUAGCAGUCUUCUCGAAGAGCAACACGGCACCCAUUUCCGCAGCGGUAGCGACUGCGGACCUCUGACUGACUUAUCCGAACGUAGCAUCUGCGAUGACGACAGCAUGAGCGAGACAACUGAAUUUUUGGAUGACGAAAGCGGACCGGCGAGUCCGGCCUCGAGCACGCAGAGCUCGAGACAGGGACCCGCCAGCGGAAAUGCUGGAAAUACAUCCGGGCCGCCAGUGACCGGUGGCCAAUCCAGCGGCAAUACCGGUCAAUCUGGUGGGAAACGAUAUCGCACGCAGAUGUCGGCCACUCAGGUGAAGGUGAUGAAGUCGCUCUUCUCGGACUACAAGACGCCGACAAUGGCCGAAUGCGAGAUGCUUGGUCGAGAGAUCGGUCUUCCGAAGCGAGUGGUCCAGGUGUGGUUCCAGAAUGCCCGAGCAAAGGAGAAGAAGGCCAGAUUAGCAGCUGGUCUGCCAGCCGAAGGCUCAGCUGUUCAACCACAUCGCGGCCCGACCGGACCAGACGAGUGCAGACUGUGCUCUGUACGCUACUCGGCCAAGACACCACUGCAGGAGCAUGUCUUCUCGCGGCGGCACAUCGAGUCGGUACGCGUCGCCGUCGAAGAGGGUUCACUGGUGCCACCGACGCCUGGGGCACCGAUCGUGCCCGGCGGCGCUAGCGGUGCUGCUGGCGUGCCCGGUAUCGGCAAUUCGCCGGUAGUCGCCACAGCCGGUGGUCAGCAAGUCAACCAGCAGCAACAGCAGCAGUCGGACGAAAAUAUGAUGUACGGAUCCGUGUUCCUUCACCCAACGGCUAUGUUCCAGUCACAGCAGCAGCAGCAGCAGCAGCAUUCCGCCGCCGCUGCGACCAGUGCAGCUAGCACUACGGCCGUAGCGGCUGCGGGCUUAAGCGGCGGUUUACUCGGAAGCGCUAUGAUGCCGUUGCAUGUGGAAGGUGGCACACAGGUGCAGGUGCCGCGGGCCCUGAUGCAGGCGUUCCUGCAGCAGGAUCCGAAUCAUCCGGGCCUGGAGACGAUUCGUCUGCCGGCUUCGUCGUGCGGCGCCGAAGAGAACGGACUGUCUCAACAUUGUCGCGAGGUCGAGACCGAGCUGUGCCUCGUCUGUCGCCGUUGCGGUCGCGCAUACCCGCAGGAAUCAUCGCUACUGGCACAUCAACGAUCCUGCUACCUGGGCAAUCAACAGCGUCGCGGUGCUCUGCGCCUCGUUCAAACGCGUUACGCCUGCUCGUUGUGCGAGCCCAGCGUAUCAACGCGAACCUACGCCACCGUAAAUGAAUGGCGCCGUCACGCCGAGACGCUGCAGCACCGGGCGCGUCUCGAGGCCACUCAGACGCAGCAGCACCAGCACCAGCACCAACAUCAGCAACAACAACAACAACAACAACAAUAUGACGGCGGCGCACAAUCCGGUGAAGAAACGAAUCCGCUUACCGACGAAAUGGAGGACGUCGUCAAUCAAAUCACCCUAUUGGCGGCACGAGCGGCCGCUGAGAGCACAACUGGUCAGCCACAGGCUGGAGAUAGGGCCGGCAGUCAAGAUAACAACAAUGGACCCGACGCUAAGCGGCAAAAGUUGAUACAAGAGGUAACCGCCCUCGCCGGUGCACGUUAAAUGCCGAAUUCGGUGAUUGGUCUACCGUGUCUUUUAGAGACAGGGAAGUUGCGCGCAAAAUGGCACCAAGUAACAAUAGAAUUAGGGAUUGCAAAAGAAAGAUACUGAAGACGGGCGGAAAAGGGAGAGACGAGAACCUAUAGACGUCGCUUGGAGGAGGUCGGACUCGAGGACGUCGCAGUGAACGAGCCAAUGUUCCUAACCGGCGAUGAACGGGCAGGCACGGGUGUCCAUCUCGGUGGAGCAUCCCGUCUCGGAGACAUUUGCUCCGUGGCGGUAGGAGAGGGGGCAGGAAAGGGAGGCACACUACUCAGGCGCGGACGGCGGACGACAUUGGUUCUCUCUCUUAAUUUCGUCGUUUAUGCACCGCCAGCACACAACUACCCUCCAUCGCUUCCCUGCCCCCUGGCCCCCGCCCCCGAUUCGCCUAUUAUUUUUGUAACGCGAAUCCCGCGCAGCGCGCGCCGUGAUGAUGCGCGCUCUCCAAAGUUCCUCUCGUAGCACGAAAAAAAAGAAAAAAAAAAGAAAAAAAGAUUAAUAAUAAAAAAGAAAGGUGGUAAAAAGACAGAGAGAGACUCGACGAAGAUGAGCUAGUCUAGGUGGAAUCGACUGGGGAACGAUCGAACGAACGCGAUCGAAAAAUCCUCCUUGCUGAUCAGCCAACAACCGGUCGAUCGGUCGAUCGGUCGAUCAGUCAACGGCUCGAUCGAAUCGAGCUGAUCUUGAGCACACGUCUCGGGACGAUGUGUGCGGGACGUUUCCAGGAGAGAAGAGUACGGGAAGUUCCGGAAGGAAAGAGUGCGUCGUGUGACGCGGAACGACGCGCGUCGAGGUGGGCUAACUUAAACGUUCCUAUGUAAAGUAAUAAUAAAGAUUUAAAGCAGAGUUACUAAGAAAAAAAAGAAAGAGAAGCAGGAAGAUACAAGCGGACGCUAUUAAGCGCGGCGUAGUAGGGUAGAUGGUGCGCGGCGCGCGAAACUGAAAACGCCGCCAUCGUUACGAAUACGUACGUACAUAUUCAUAUAUAUAUAUAUACAUACAUCUAUAUAUAUAUACACAUAUACAUAUAUAUAUAUAUAUAGAUAUCUGACUGUCUCUAUCACUCUCUCUUUCUCGUUUUGACGCGCGUGUGCACGUGGCUUUCCACGGACCUGUGUGUAUGUGGACCUGCGUGCGUGCGGGUGUGUAUGCGUGCAUGCGUGUGUAUGUAUGUGUGUCGCGAAUCGUUCAGCGACUUCGACGGCGAUCGGAAAAAGUAAUACAAAAAAAGGAAUUUUACCGCUUUUCGAAAAAGCGAUAAAAAACGAAAGAAAUUCAAAAAUCAUACACACACACACACAAACACAUACACAUACAUACAUACAUACACUUUUUCUGCCAUUCAUAUAUACACGCACAAACACACGCGUACACAAUACAUACACCACAUAACAGGCGCGCACUGUACAUACGUGUACACACGGGCUUGGAACGUACAUUUUUUUACGCUCUUUAUUUUUCGCGAUUUAAUAAAAAAAAGAAAAACGUAAUAAGAUGGCGGACAGAAGGGAAAACGACGGUCUAAAAGGCGGCAUAAUAAACCCCCCGGUGUGCCCGUCAUCGACACGAUUCGCGUGCACGAACGAGCAAGUAAGACCCAGAAACAUGGUUCCUAUAUUUAAUAAAUUAUAUUUAUUAACGCUAAACAAAUGAUUAGUAACAACGUUAAUGAUAAUAACAAUAUUAAUAAUAAUAAGAGUAAUAAAAUAAUAAUAAUGAAACUAGUAAUAAUAAUGAUAGUAAUAACGAUAGGUAUUAGAGAGCUGUCGGUAGCUAUAACGAUUAUCGCUAAGCAACGCCCGAUGAUCGAACCGAUUGAUACACAUCGACGCUCGGCGUGGGGGUGGGGAUAAUGUGGGAUGACCCGGCACCAUUGAAAGGAAAGAAUUUUACCUCUGUGUCCUCCGACCUCUCUCUCCUUCUUUUCCACAAUCUCGCGUGAGCAAAUGAAAAAUCGAGAAUAUACGUACAAAAAUCGAACGGAAUCGUGAACAUCUGCGAAGCAAAUAUAAAUCGAUUACGCGAAUGCAUCGUAGCAUAAAUGAAAAAUACAGAUCUUUAAAAAUAUUUUCUUUUUUUUAAUUAUGAACAGAUAAUUGUUCAAAUAUUAUAUUAAAGUAAAAUCGAAACGCUUCAAAGAUAUAAUCUGGAAUUUUUUAAUAGGGUAAGGUAAAUUUUAAAUUAGAGACGGAAAUUUUUUAAAAAUCAUCUCGCGCGUAUUUUGGCAAAAAUAUUUUAGAAAUAUAGACAUCAUCUCGGAUGACAGGUUGGGAAAGAGGGAGGAGAGCGAAAAUUACACUUUUUCGAACAGCAACAGCAGGAUGGGAAUGGUGUAAAAUCGAGAAUGACAAAGAAUUCACUACUAGCUAUAAGUUAACGGAUAAUUUACAAUUAAACUAUAAAAUAUAAGGGAAAAGGGGGGAGGGGGGAGUACAUGCGCGUCGAUAAAAACGAUACAUAGACACACAAACACACACUCACGCAUAUAGGUAUAUACAGAAGAGAAGUAUAUAUAUAUAUAUAAAUGAAAAAAUGAAGUGAAUGAAUAAGAAAAAAAUAUAUAUUUAAGUAGAUAAUAUAUAUAUAUAUAUAUAUAUAUAUACAUAUAAAUAUAUAUAUAUGAUGUUGUGACGUACUAGAAUCCUCGCGGAUACUAUCCGGAACGGUGACGUGUCUACACGCGUACGUACGUCGUGUUCCUCGCUCUAGAAGCUCACUCUAGAAGAAACGAAAGUUCGCGCAUACAAUGCGGCGCGUAUGCGAAGCUACAGAAUGCCGGAAGUGCCACCGGAAGUGCAAAAAAAAAAAGCAAAAGAAAAGAUACCGCGGCGUUUUACGUGCCGCAAUCUUGAAUUUACCGCGAAUCAUUAGGUUUAAAAAAAAGGGUAUACCGGAGAAAAAACACAAGAGUGUCGCGUGGAACGAAGGGGGAUGCUGGAGAGAGAAAUGCACUGACGAAUGGGCGCGUUCGCGUCUCUGGGGGUGAAGGGGGCUCUCGGAGAAAAGCGGCAAAGGGGAGGGGGGGAGGGGGUCUAAGACUCGAGUACGAUAAAAACACGUGGUCGUUAAGAUCAAACGAAACGCGAAGUAAUAACUAUUUCUAAGGUAUUAAGCAACUCUCGAGGUUCCUGUCUGCAAAAGAUGCUUUUCUAACGUAACGUUGGUAACGACGAUUAUUAAUAUUAUAUUUGAAUUAUUAUUAUUAUUAUGAUUAUAGAUUACGAUAUUAUAUUUACAUAUAUGUGGUCAUGUAUUGAUUAUUAUCUAUAUAAACGUUACAGCGUUGAACUAGCGUACAUUUAACACACGUACACGUUCCAAAAGUGACGACACGAGACAUUUGUGCACAUACACGCGCAUACAUAUACAUCUAUACACACACCCGCACUACGUAUACUACUACCGAGAACACCUAAUCGAAUCGCUAAUAUCGAAAUUCUCAGCCGAUCGUCUUUCCGACCGGCACGAUCCACCUUUACAGGACGUACCGGGCAAACAAAAAGAAAUCUAGAAGCGGAAUCUUUCUUCACGUUAACCGAUACCUCGCAAAAUAAGACAAUUAACGGGUGUGAUCAAGUCGUAGAAUUAAUUAAGGCGAUCGUCGCGGAAUCGCGAGUGCGCUUGGCGACCGCAAAUCCGUACUGUCUUCAGGAUCAUUACAAACUCUAUCACUACCACUAGCACGAGGCAAGAUGUUCCAAAAAAAGCGCCCAGGACUUCAAAGCCGCGGCGCUAAGAGACUGUGAGAGAAAAAGCGAAAUUUAUUUCCCUUCGCCGCGUUUCCUACAUACGUAUAGUAAAGUCGAUAGAAAGGUGAAAAUGCACUUGAACGCACAAGACGAUGCGCUUCGACCGGUAUCCAUCGCGAUCCUAGUUUUUUCGAACUUGCUCGCGAGAGACAGAGGAGAACGACGCGUUAUAAGAACCGUAAUAUUCGUUAACACAUACACACAAAGUGACAGACAUACAUACGCGCGCACAUAUGUACACAAACAAAAACAAACGCUUACACACACACACACACACACACACACACACGCACGCACGUACACGCGCGCGCGCGCGCACACACGCACGCACGCACGUACACGCGCGCGCGCGCGCGCGCACACACACACACACGCACACACACACAACACUGAAAUCGAAUUUUGCGUAUAAACUCGGAGCUACACAUCGCAUACGAGCGUGACUCUCAAAACGCGGCUACGUACGUGCGCGUGUACGCAAAACCGGCGCGUCGGUUUUGGCGUUUUGAGUUUCGAGUACGGAGAUUGCGUGAUAGAGUAACCGAACCUCGCUAGCUGUUCCUAAAAAUCAACAAUGAGUGAGUGAUAAGUGUGCGCGGAUUAUGUAAUGGAGUGAUGAGCUAACGAUACGAGAACGAUAUGAGGAAACGAAUGCUAUAUACAUAUAUAUAUUACUGCGUUGCGGAAGAAUUAAGCGCGAUCGACGUCACCGAUGCCAUUUUCCGUCGACCAACGGUCACCCCCGCUUAACGAUCGAUAAUCUCAUACUCUUUCUCCCUCUCUUUCCGCCCGCGAGCGCGAACGCGCGAUUCGAAGCGCGCGUGACGCGAUCGAUCGCGCGAGGAUCCAUCGGUGAUCGCAUUUUUACAGACAACUUUUCGCUUGGCGCGGAAGAGAGAGGCGUCGCGUCGCGUCGGUUGGAACAAUUUGCGAGCUCCCGCGCUCGCUAUACUUUCGUGCACUCGGUAACAAUAACCGUGGCGUGUCAUGCUCGACGAGCAAACAAUCGGAAUAUCGCGAUGGUAGAACCGUCCGACGACGGAAAAGGCUACGGUGAUCGUCCAAGUUUUUCAUUUUUCUAAUCUCGUUGAGUUUCUACGAAAUAUGUUGAACGUGUCUAUUUAUUAUUAACUCUAUUGAUUGCUAUUGUGACUAUUAUUGCAAUUAUUACUACUAUUGCGAUUAUUAUUGUCAUAAUAAUUAUUAUUAUUAUCAUUAUUAUUACGUUAUUACACUAUUAUCAUUAUUAGUAUGAUUAUUGCAUUAUUGCCGAUUGACUUGCGAAUCUGUUCGUGCGGUACUUGAUUGACUAUUAAUUAAUAAUGGAUACUAAUUGAUAACGAUAGCGACUAAUUCUUGUGAGAGAUUGCCAUGUGUAUAUCUAUAUGUACUCACUACGGGGCACCGUCAGCCGCACGUGGGUCCGCACACCCACCGAUGGCGCGGGCAACCCGAAACGCCGGCCCGGGCAACCUCGACGAUGUUGGCGCCGCGCAUCGGCUCGAUCCGUCAUCGAGCAGCGAAAUCCUAAAUCCCAUCUUUCGAACGCCUUUUGGAUGAAACGGUGACGGGACAAGCGCCUCUCUUUGCGCCUCUCGCUGGGCCCUUUUUGUAAAACGCGGAGGCGCAAACAGAUCGGCGACGAUAGAGAAAGUGUUGAACUUGGGAACAAUGACGCGCUGACGCGCUGACGCGCGGACGCGUAGACGCAUUCAAAAGUCACGUUAUCCGACAGGACGAAAUAUCCUUCGCGCGCUUUUCAGUGAUUCUUACACUGGAAACAUCAUUGAAAGAUACGCAGCGUAUUUUUCCGCGACUAGAUACGUUCGGUUGCGUUUCUACCUUCUACUAUACCUUCGACACGUUGAACGCACCUAUAUCGCUAUAUAUUCGCAUCUUUGGUUCUAGCCAAUCGGGAGCCGUUCCACGCGGACUCGUUUCAUUGAACUUUCGUUUAACUUGGCUCGACGCGUCGUCGCGGACAGUGAUACCCGCGAGGGUAACGAUUUCACGCGAUCGAUGAUCGAGCGAGGGACGAGAGAAGCGGUGGAGCGAGUUCGCGUGGUUCUCGUCUGGUCACCGCUCUCCGAGACCUACGCACAUUCUCUCGCGUGUGUGCACAGACUUAUCAUUAUUCAUUCACGAUGCCACAUACGCGUAAACGCGCGUCCGGAUUUUGUAACGGCGACGAAGGAGGGGUGCGUACGCACGUGUCAUACGCGUGUCAUAUCGCGAUGACGACCACCACGACGAUUACGAUGGACGAAUACGGUUAUACCUGUACACGCGCGAGGAGAUCGAGAUAUACACGCGAGCGUACAGCGAGACAGUAGGAAAAAUGAAACAAGACAAAAAAAAACUGGGAAGAUCAAGGGAAGACGACGGCGGAGCCGCAAUCGGAGGCGCCAACAUCGUGCGGAAAAAACGGGCACGGUGCAAUCAUGUUCCUAUUAGGUUUCAUAUCUAAGCGAGUAAUUAAUUAUACCAGUAAAUAUAAUGAUGAUGAUGAAGGACA